GAAUAACAGAUCAUAAUGAGCAUCCGCACGGAGCAGGAUUACGACAGUGCCACUCCGGCGCUGCAACAACAGAUGAAUUUGGCCCGAAGAGCUUGCUGGAGGAUCAAAUCCUCCAGCUCGGAAUCCCUCUUCAAGACCAAAGCUUCUGCAAUAACCACUAGUGAAAAUCAAAUCGAUGCAGAAGCACUUCCACCACCGAGAGAUGAAACCAAAACGAGAAUAGAGCAGACAGCGCCCGCAAAACGCAACUCAUCCUGCACAUCCUCCGACUGGCGGGGGAUGUUCAGCAAAAGGACGCUGCUCAUCUGCGCCCUGGCCCUGAUCCUUGGAAUUGCCCAGGCGCGGCCCAACACGAGUGCUGUGGGAGUGGCUCCGGGAAAGGUCAGCCAGGACAUUGUGGAUGCGGUCACCCAGCUAAAUCUGGGCCAGUCGGCGCCCAUGGAUGCGGUGGAUGUGGGGCUGGAUCCAACGCCAUCGGUGAGAGUGCCACGUGCCGAGCCAUUGAAAUCCGGCGACGAGGAUGCGAAGGGCGACGAGGGCCACAAAAUGGAGCGGUAUCCCCUCUCCAGUGUGGACUUCGCCCGGGUAAAGACGCCGUUCAUCAUUGGAAUCUGGAUCCUGUCGGCCAGUAUAGCUAAAAUCGGUUUCCAUAUGACGCCCAAACUGCACCUAAUAUUUCCGGAAUCGUGCCUGCUGAUUGUCGUGGGCGUGGUCAUAGGCGUGGUGCUCUAUUUCUGCACCGAUGUCGCCGUCUCCCCGCUCACUCCCAAUACCUUCUUCUUCUACAUGCUGCCACCGAUUAUCCUGGACGCAGGCUACUUUAUGCCCAACAGAUUGUUCUUCGACAACCUGGGCACCAUCCUGCUGAUGGCGGUGGUCGGAACCAUCUUCAACAUAGCUACCAUCGGUGGCUCCUUGUACGCCUGCGGAAAGAUGGGAAUUUACGGGGAAAGCGAGACUCCGGGUCUAAUGGACGUGUUUCUCUUUGCCUCACUGAUAUCCGCCGUGGAUCCGGUGGCCGUAUUGGCCGUAUUCGAGGAGAUACACGUGAACGAGAUCCUAUACAUUGUCGUCUUUGGCGAGUCCUUGCUGAACGAUGCCGUCACGGUUGUGAUGUACCACAUGAUGGAGUCCUACAAUGAGAUUGGCUUAGACAAAAUCAUCGCCCAGGACAUCGCCAGCGGUGUGGGUUCCUUCUUCGUGGUUGCACUGGGUGGCACUGCCAUAGGCAUCAUCUGGGGCUUUCUCACUGGCUUGGUGACCCGAUUCACCGAUCACGUGCGUGUCAUAGAACCCAUUUUCAUAUUUGUGAUGGCGUACUUGGCCUAUCUCAAUGCGGAAAUAUUCCAUAUGAGCGGCAUUUUAGCCAUCACUUUCUGUGGUAUCACAAUGAAAAACUAUGUGGAAUCGAAUAUUUCACAAAAGUCGCAUACGACUGUCAAAUAUGCCUUAAAGAUGUUGUCCAGCUCGGCGGAGACCAUUAUAUUUAUGUUCCUAGGCGUGGCCACUGUGAACAACAUGCACGUAUGGAAUACGUGGUUUGUGGUGCUGACCAUUGCCUUCUGUUCAGUGUUUCGUGUCAUUGGCGUCAUUUUGCUAUCGGCCCUUGCCAAUCGCUUCCGUCUGCACAAAUUGUCCCGGGUGGAUCAGUUUGUGAUGUCCUACGGAGGAUUGCGUGGUGCUGUGGCCUUUGCCCUGGUGUUGUUGGUGGACGAGAAUGUGGUGAAGCAGAAGAACAUGUUUGUUACCACCACAAUAGCUGUGAUUUACUUUACUGUCUUCCUGCAAGGAAUCACUAUAAAGCCGCUGGUGAAAAUCCUUAAUGUGAAGCGCGCUAAUAAGCGCAAGCCAACCAUGAACGAGCGCAUUCAUGAACGGUUCAUGGAUCACUUGAUGGCUGGAAUUGAGGAUAUAGUGGGCAAGACGGGCAACUACAACGUGCGUGAUAAGUUUAAGCGUUUCGACAAUCGCUUCAUUCGCCCGCUGCUGAUCAGAGAUCUUAAGGGAGCUGAGCCGAAGAUCAUCGAGACGUACUCCAAACUGACAAUGCGCGAUGCUAUGGAAGUUAUGAGGCGAAAUCCAUCCACUAUUGGCCAGAUGACGGGAACCGAGUCGAUGAGCGCCCUUUUCCGGAAUUAUACCAAUAACUAUAUUGGCGGCAGGUGGGCACCGCCAACCAUAUACACCACCUGUCCCAGUCUGACAAAUCUAGACAAUACCUGUUCCCGUAAUCUGGACAUGGCUGAGCUGGAUUAUAAUCCAUCCAAGAAGGAUCUGACCGAUGCCAGGAUCCAUCAUCUUUUGGCCGAAGAACUGAAGCCUUAUAGAAGGGCCUCAAUACAAAUGCACCGUCGUCUUAGUUAUAGCCGACACGCAGUAGAUGACAGAGAUUUGUCCACCCAGGUCAAUUACAAGAUGCAAAUGAACUUCAGGCGGAUGUUUAAUGAUCGAAAACAUCACAAACGCAGCAAACGUGGUGCCAGCAACAAGGAGGCCAAGGAGAACGUUAAGCAGAAUCAUGUCUCGUUCCAUGACUUUCAACAGAACGGCACCACUAAGCAGCUCACCAAUGACUAUAUUAACAAUGUGCUUAAUGAAACAGCCGAGGAGUGCCAACAGAAUCCCAACGAGAUCAAUGUUGUUAACCCGAGCGACGAUUGGGAUGAUGGCCUGACCUUCACCGCCAAAUCAUCACCUGACUCGGAUCGUGCCAAUAACAAUUCCCUGAUAGCCCACAUCCAAAACCUGCCGGGUUUCGAUGCCUCCAAGGCCCGUAUCGUCGUCCAGCACUAUGCGCCCAAGGCCGACGACAAUCCGGACACAGAUAUAGAGUCUCCGGAACAGGCCAUUGGGCCCACGGCCGCCGAAUUGAUAUUGCCGUGGCGGCGGGAUCGUUCAUACCAGAGCAUUGUGGCCGAACAUCCCAUUCCCGAGGAGGAUCGAAAUCUGUCCCGCGAAUCCGACGGAGAAAGACGUGUGGCCACGCCCACCGCCACGGAAUCCCAGUUGCCGUGGAAAAGGCAGGGCGACGAAUGCACGGAUGCAGUGCAGCAGAACGAGUUUCCCGCUUGGGCCUCCAACAAGGAGUACUUGGCCUACAAUUCCCCCAGUGCAACAUUCCUAGGUGGUAUAAACAAGCCUAAACAGCCCAAGUCCGUCAUAGGUCUCUUUCGCCGUGAGAGUUCCAGCUCGAAGGCCGGGAGCGUUGGCAUCGGCAGCACAGGAGCCAUGGACUCGGCAGCCAGUGGCUCCGACACGAUGGUGGUGCCCAUGUCCAGCCAACCUUCCAACGCUCCAUCGACGUCCAUGCACAAUCCGCGGCUAGACAAGCGCUCCCAGUCGAUCUCCUCCAGCUCGCUGGGUGCCGGAGCGCAUCAGCUAGGUCCGGACGGUCACUCCGGCCCAUUUCCGGUUACGGCCAGUCACCGGCGUAACGUUCGCAGGGGCUCCAUGCUGGAGCUAAGCGGACUCAUUGCAACUGGACGAAGGCCCAGUAGAAUUUUGCAAUUUAGUCCGGGAGCAACUAACUUACUAGGGUCAGCCAUGAUUCCAAGCCCUUCUCCUCCACCUCCUACUACUUCAACAACAACAACAACUACAGUAAAACCAACAAGCACAUCAACCACCAAGAACAACAACACCAACAAUUCAACAGAUACAACAUCAGCCAGCGCCACAAACUCAACGCCAACCUCCCCGAAAUCGGAGGACAGCGCCACAUAUACGUACCAUGCGAAAGACACAAUACCAGAGGAGUCGUCGUACCAGCAUGGACACUCCAAGUCCUUGUGCGAGCCGGCGGACUCCGAUGAAUGGGACGGAGCACCGUUGUCCACAGCCGGCGGAGCGAACAGCGAGCUUUUGAUGCGAAUGAGCGGUAGGGAACCGCUCCUGCCACGCCCAUCCAACACGCCUCGUGCCCAGAUCCGGCGUAUGAACGCCGGGGCGGUGGGCGGUACAGGCGUGACCCAGGCGGGCCGGAAGAACCAGGUGACCAAGGCACUGUUGGACUACGAGGACUCCGAAACCGACUCCGAUGAGAACGAUGAUGAUGAGGACGAGGACUUCGAUUCCUACGAUGACGAGAACAUUGUGGUCACCACUUUUACAACACCGGCCACGGGCAGAAGACCGGGAUCUAGUCCAGGAUCCGGGUCAGAAGCAAACACCGCCACUACCACCACGACAAGUAUUCGGCUGACCCGCAACAACGACGAAAGCAUCAUUUGAGUAUCAAACACGUAUGGCGACGUAGAGGAUCUGGAGGAUGAUGAGCCAUCGGUGUCAGCACCACCAUCAAACAAUUCAAAAAGUUUGCGGCUGCGCCUAUUCCCGUAUGAGAUGUUCUACUAACUAACUGCUAACUUCACAUUUAAAUGACCUAGUUUGUAAGCCAAAAGUUGAAAAAACGUUGCAAAAUAGUUUCAAAAUAAGGUUUAGACCAAAAAGCUUUAUAACUAUAUUAACACAUGAAUCGGACAAAUGUUAAGAUAAGGGAGUAGCAAAAAUUGUAUAUAACACCAGAUAUGAAUAACUUAAUUAAUUUCUCUUGAUCGUUUAAGUCGCUUUUUAAGAUUUUUAACUUCCAGUUUUGUGUUUAGUUCCGAUCAAUUGUUAUUAUGUACCACAAACAUAUAUAUCCAAAAAAUAAUUUAGUGAUUUCAGCUGAUGUGUUCCAAAAUAGCAAGCAAGAUAAUUGUGAAUUGUGUAAUAAUUAACACAGCGUAGCCAAAGUUCAUGUUAAGCGUACAACUAACGUUUAUUUCUUUAUUUGUAAUUUAGACAAAAUGUGCUAACUGGAAAUCACAUUGCGAGUAUAUGUUGCAAGCAGUACUUAAGCGCUUGAUUAGUUUAGUUCAAUUUUAGUCUUAGUUAUUAAAGAGUUUAAAGCAAUUAAUUUCUGUAUAGCCGCAGAGUCAGAUCGAAAAAUAAUGCAGUAAAGUUUGUCUCAGCUGGAACUGUCGGUAAACUUGCAUCAUUCAUCAUUAUAAAUAAAGUUUAGGAGUAUUUCGAAAGUGUUUUGGGAACGGCAAUGAGCUCUGUAUGAACUGUAUGAUUUGGAAACGGUGCUGAAAAGUGCUUUAAAGCAGGUUAUAAAACAACAGAUUUUCUAUAGCCUUCUCUAUGAGAUCUUACAUCUUGUUGUAUUACUCCAGCCCCCUUAUAACUAGUUUCAAAACAAGGUUACUUCGCAGAUACAGUUGAGCAAAACUUAAGCUUACCCUAACUAUGAAAUAUACACAAAUGAAGUAACUGGUGUUUGACAGUAAAACGGACAGAGUUAUGAAACUUAAAAUUAUUUUUGUAAACAUUUACGAACGAGAAA